GGGACUUGUAACGGUUACUGCUUCUUCAAGUAUUUGUUCAUUCUUUAGUUUUUCAGAACCUAACGGAAUGGCUAAAUCUCUUGAUUUCAAAUCUCAAUUUGUCCUCUCAAAACACUUUUUUGUCUUGAACCCAGUUGUUGAAACCCACAUUUUUUUUCCAAAAUCGAACUCUGCAAUAAGAUUUCCAUCUUUUCACUCUUCAGUUGCAUUUUCUCGUCAAAAUCAUUUGCUGAAACCAAUUACAUUUGCGAAAAGGAAUAAACGGCGAUCCAGAUUUCAAAGAUCGGGAAAAAUUAUGCUUCAGUUGAUCUCAAUUUUGGUGUCAAAUCUCAACAUUAUACCACAACCUUUGGAUAUUGUGAUUGAAGAAUUUAGUGGUGGAGAUGGUGGGGGACUAGGGCUUUUGAAGGGUUUGGGAGGAGGAGGGUUCGGUUGGGGGAGGAAAAGAAAAACAGGAAAUUUAGGGUUUUUAGUGAUUUUAGGACUUUGGGGUUUUUUGUUUCUGUUUUAUGGAGGAGAACUAAAGACGGAUGUGUUCUGUGGAGCUCUGGGUUUUGGCGCGUUUGGGUUUGCUUUGAUCAGGGAGUUUAAGAGAAAUGCCAAAGCUUUGAUUUUUGGGUUGUGUUCUAUUGGUGUUUUGAUGGGUUUGGGAUUGAGGAGAGAGCUGGCUAUGAAAUGGUUUGAUGAAUUUAGGAGUUCUCCAAUGAUUAGCACUCUUGCAAAAGGUAAAAGUAAACGUAGAAGAACGUUAUCCAGGGGUGGAAGAUGAUUGCAUGUUGAAGAACAAUGGAGGAGCAAGUUACAACAAAAGUUUUUUUUUUUUUUUUCAUUAUUUUGUUCGAUUUGUAAGAGUUCUAUCAAAGAAGAGAGAAAGAAGUUAUCAAUCUAGUUUGUUUUUUUCAUUAUUUUGCUCAUUUCAUUUGUCAAAGAAUUUUAAUGCAAUUUUCAAAGGAUUGUUGAAUUUUUUGAGA